AUGCAGCGCUCCUUCCUGGUGGAGGACCGAGUGCUCGUCUUCACCGAGGCGAAGUCUCAUGUGGACAAUGCCAAGGUGCAAGAGAUGAUGGUCCAGUUCCAGGCGCCCAUCAUCGACGCCAUGGAAAUGCGUUCUGCCUGGGCCCCUUUUUCGUCUCGAAUGGAUCCGGCAUGA